ACAAAGUCGUGGGCAUCAAACCUGCGACUUUGUUUUAACAAUGGAUGAGGAUGACGAAUAUGGCGAUAUUCCCGACGAGGAUUUCAUCGAAGCUUUGAGUCAGCCUUCACAGACUCUCCCCGAACUUCCUCCAGCGAAAAGACGAAGAAUCAGUUAUGCAAGCGAUGACGACGAAAUCGCGACCCCGCGCCCUCGCAGAUCUCGAGAAUCUACAGGCGACAAUAUAGGCAGUGGAGAAGAGGAGAAUGAGAGGGCAAAAAAGAGGAAAUACAAGAUACAUAUCGCAGACAAGGAUGUACCAGCAGCCAAAACUCUGGGAGCUACGCAAGCAGAGGCAUUGCCGGACUCUAGUCCUUAUAGAAUUCGGGGACCGAUAUAUAAGAAAGCAAGACCUGAGCCACCAAAACCACCACCUCCGCCACGGGCUGCGUCUGCAAGAGUCGAUCGUCCUGCGCCUCCUGCAAAUACCUUUUUUGAAAGGCGUGUGAGCAAUCCCCUGCCACGACCACAAUCACAAAUCCAGAUACACGAAGAAUUGGUGGACCUACCUUCCGAUGCUUUCUCCUCGCCAGAAAGCAAGGAAGCAGAUGAAGACCUGAUAUUCAUUGGCUCGUCUCCCCUUCGACAGACUCAGGAUAAUUCCCGUCCCCGACAAAGACUCGUUGCCCCUCAACAAGGACUUCGCCAGACGACUCUCUUCGGUGGCCGUGCAGCAGCAGAGCCAACACCAUCUCAGGCCAAAAAUGUACACAACUUCAUUGUUGAUAAACCUCCCGAGGCUCCAACCCAUCAUGCUCUGGAUCUCGAGGCAUUGAAGACUUGGGUGUACCCCACCAAUCUUGGAGACAUUCGAGCCUAUCAGUAUAGUAUCGUCAAGCAUGGGCUUUUCAACAAUCUUCUUGUGGCACUUCCCACUGGUCUGGGUAAGACAUUUAUCGCCGCCACGAUCAUGUACAACUACUUUCGUUGGACUAAGGAUGCUAAGAUUGUAUUCAUUGCUCCCACCAAGCCUCUUGUUGCUCAGCAAGUUGAUGCAUGCUUCAACAUUGUUGGGAUACCUAGAUCUCAAACUACGAUGCUUACUGGUGAUCAGCCACCGGUAUUGAGAGCGGAAGAAUGGGAAGACAAACGUGUAUUCUUCAUGACACCUCAAACCCUGGACAAUGAUUUGAGGACUGGCAUCGCAGAUCCGAAGAAGAUUGUGCUUCUUGUGGUAGAUGAAGCACAUCGAGCUACAGGCAAUUAUUCUUACGUUAAAGUAGUGGAACUCUUACGCCGAUUCAACAAGAGCUUUCGCAUUCUCGCUUUGACUGCUACCCCUGGAGCUAACGUCGAAGCAGUCCAGGAGGUCAUCGAUGGUCUAGAGAUAUCUAAAGUGGAGAUUCGAACCGAAGAGUCGAUCGAUAUCCAGCAAUACGUUCACCGACGAGAUAUUGAUCAGAUUGUUCUUGAUCCCUCAGACGAGAUUAUCAUGAUCAAGGAGCUAUUUGCAAAAGCUUUACAACCACUUGUGAAUCAGCUGUGUGGCCAAAAUGCUUAUUACAACAAAGAUCCGAUGAAUCUCACUCCAUUUGGCUUAAUAAAGGCCAAAGCUGCUUGGUUCGCAUCUGAUGCAGGCAAGAGAGCCAACCCUGGUCUCAAAGGCAUGAUACUCGGUCUAUUCGCUAUCUUAGCAAGCAUUUCACAUAGUAUCAAGUUGCUGAACUACCAUGGAAUUGGACCAUUUUAUUCUGCUGUCAAGGAUUUUCGACAAGGCGUCGAGGACGCAAACAAACCAGGAAAGUGGAAGUCAAAAAUCACAGAUCAUCCUGAUUUCAAGAAGAUGAUGGAUACGAUUGCAUUAUGGUUAAGCAAAGAUGAUUUUGUUGGUCAUCCUAAGCUCACAUACCUUUGUGACACUAUUCUCAAUCAUUUUCUAGAUGCAGGAGAGGGAAGACUCGGCGACGAUGCUCCACCGUCGAGUACGAGAGUCAUCGUUUUCUCGGAAUUCAGAGAUAGUGCCGAGGAUAUUGCUCGUGUCUUGAAUAGACAUGGGCCGAUGAUACGUGCUUCUGUCUUCGUUGGUCAACAAGACUCAAAACGUUCUGAGGGCAUGAAUCAAGCCAAACAACAGGAAACCAUUAGCAAGUUCAAGAAGGGCAUUUUCAACGUCAUCGUCGCUACUUCUAUAGGCGAAGAAGGUCUAGAUAUUGGCCAAGUCGAUCUCAUUGUCUGUUAUGAUGCUUCCGGCUCACCAAUCCGAAUGUUACAACGUAUGGGACGCACGGGUCGAAAACGAGCUGGCAAUAUUGUGUUGCUUCUCAUGAGAGGCAAGGAAGAAGAGUCGUUCGCAAAAGCCAAGGACAACUAUGAGUCGAUGCAGAAGAUGAUCAGUGAUGGAACGCGAUUCAAUUUCCGACACGACCUCUCUGUUAGGAUCAUUCCAAGAGAGAUUACACCUGUAGUUGACAAACGGAUCAUCGAGAUUCCGAUUGAGAACACUCAGAGUAAAGAACUUCCCGAACCGAAGCGGAGGGUGGCAAAGAACAAGAAAAGGCCACCAAAGAAGUUUCACAUGCCUGAUGGUGUUCAGACAGGUUUCCAGAAGGCAUCGAAAUGGACUGAAGAUGGGAUCAAGGUCGAAGAUUCAGAUGUCAGUAUCAAGCCAAAGAAAGUCGCCAAGACUCAGUUGGCUCCUAUUCCUGCAAUGAAGUCUGUGUUUUUGACUCCGGCUGAAGAGAAAGAGCUUCACCGGAAGUAUCUCACUGUCUCCGACGACGACCUGCAAGAAGUUGCCAUGCCGGAUAUGACUGCACAGACAGCUGCUCAGCGAUUGCUUGCAGCGACUGUCAAAGUUCCUCACGGUCAAUACACAAGGAGAUGUGUCACACUAUUCAGUACGCUUGCAGACUCUCAAGAUGAGAGCGAACGUUACUUGAAGCCCUAUGGCAACAAAGAGCCAACGCCUGACUGGGAUGUGCCAAAAAUAUUCGAAGACGAAGACAUGGUUGUUAUGAAACCUGCACGCAAGACUAAAACCAAACAAUCUGCAAAACCAAAGCCAAAGCUACCGAAAAGGCAGUCCCUGGUCCUUUCUGAUAUGGAAAGCGAGGGCGAAGGUGAAGAUAUUGGCUUUCCCCAAGGAGGCUACUCACAAGGUCGAGCAUUAGCAGCUGCCAUGUCAGACAAUGACAGUGAAGGCGAAGGUGACGAUCUUCUCCACAGCGAACUUCCUUCCCAAGACACUGCUUCGGACAACUGGGGCAGUCUCAAAGAUUUCGUCAUCGAGGACGAGGAGGAGCAAAGUAGCAGUAGAAUGGAGAAACGUGCUAUGCCGAGAUCUUCGACUACGCCGCCUACAACUGAUGCUACGCCGAAAGCGAAUAGAAAACGUUUUGAGGCUACGCAAGAUACAUUUGACGAGGACGAGGAGUUGCCGGAUCUUUCGCAGUUGACGGGACGUCCGCCAGCGACUGCGAAGUCUGUCGUUGAGGUCGUUUCGGAUGAAGAUGAGGAUGAGGAGGAGGAGGAGGAUGAAGAGGAUGAUGUAAGACCUGUGUCAAGGGGCAAGAGCAAGAGGCAGAGGGUUGUGGAAUCGGAUAGCGACGAGUGAGAUAUGUAUGUAUGCUAUAAAGUACAAAAAUUUUGAUUGUUACAACAUUGCCUGGGAGUUCUGGUCGAAAAGACGGGUUUGGAGUCGAUGGCUGUGUAUUUGGUUGCAAAUUAAGGGUGGGUGGUUACUUUGGAGCUUUGCUCAAAUGGAAGUCUUUCGUCUGCUACUACUUGAGCGAGAGAGCAUCCAGUGUCCGUUUCUUGUUUGGUGAUAUGUUGUAUAACUUGGUGCGUCGUGGCUACUACACU